AUGACUGAUUCCGUCGCUGUGGCAAGCCUGACCCCAGUAAGGACACUUUCAAAGUCCAGCGACAGGUCGCCGCUUUCAUCCGAUAACCUGGCUCCGGGGCUGCCUAGCAACCCUCCCGUGACGUCUUCCCCAGAGAUCCACGAAGCCUCUCGAGAUGCUAACAGCCCUCCUCCUUUUGGCCUACGCUCCAACAGCGGACCUCUGGUGCCCUACCCUCAUGAUACCCAGAAUAACCUGACCAGCCUGGAGGACAGAACGGCCACAGGAACUGGUUUAAAUGGCGGCAACUCUGCUGAACCAAACUCUACAGCUCCCGUCCCGGUCUCCGCAUCGUCAACAGGCCCAGCACAGAUCCAGCGCUCCGGCUCUGGUUCCCUCGCAGCCACUAAUCAGACGGUUGAGCCGCAGGCAUCACAACAACAAGGCGCACAAUCACUAGGUUCGUCCGGAGCUUCAUCAGGAGCCUCCUCAGGGGAUUUCUCCGGUUCAGGCUCCGCUAACUCCCCUACAAGACCUCAACAAUCUGGGUUGGCCAGACGUCCCUCCUUCGGCUUGUCCUUCCUCAGCUCCCUUUCCAACACCAUCAGAGGCUCUCACUCCAACCUGACUUCCCUGGACACUCACGCCGGCCACCUGCAUUCCCAUAACCAAACAGACUCGCAUCCCCACUCGCAUACGCAUUCGCAUCCACCUCCACAAACCCACUACUUCAUGUCUAACAGUCCCACCAUCGCCAACCUCAACGGGUUUACCGAUGCCUCUGCUGACUUGAACAAUUCCGCUGGAUCCUCUAACUCGCUGAGCGAAAACCAGGCCCAGCAUCCCUUCUUGGCCCGUCAAGACACUAUGGUGCGCAGCCAGCCCAUCAUCUCCGAGGAGACUGCCGAGGCCGAGGCUAUAAAGGAAGAAGAUGCUACUGGAAAGGACAAGGACGGCUUUUAUUCCGUUCGUUUGACCCCUAUCAUCGACCAUCUGACCUCCAACACUGGUCUCUACUUUUCACCCAUGAUUCGCCGAAUCAAGCCCAAGGAGCUGAUCUCCAUCGGCAGAUACACCGAGAAGAACAAAACACCUAUCGUCUUCAAGUCUAAAGUGGUGUCUCGUACCCACGCCAUGUUCCAGUGCAAUGAAGACGGAUCGUGGUUCCUCAAGGACUGCAAGUCAUCGUCAGGUACCUUCCUUAAUAACGUACGCUUAUCUCAGGCAUCCCAAGAGCUGACGCUCUGGCCGCUAAUAGACGGUGACAUUGUCCAGUUGGGUUUGGACUACAGAGGCGGAACUGAAGAAGUUUACAGAUGCGUAAAGAUGCGUUGUGAGUUUAACAGAAGCUGGCAGCGCAAGGUGAACCAAUUUAACUUGGACAUUCACAAGAAGAUGAAACGUUUGGGUCUUGAAUCGGACAAGGACGAUGGCAACUCCGAGCUCUCUGAAUGUGCUAUCUGUCUUCUCAAGCUCGAGCCUUGUCAAGCGCUAUUUAUAAGUCCCUGUUCACAUUCAUGGCACUACAAGUGCAUACGACCCAUCAUUAUCAAGAGCUAUCCUCAAUUUUACUGUCCAAAUUGCCGGUCUAUGUGUGACCUCGAGACAGAUAUCGAAGACGAAUAA